CGGGGACAGGUGAGCGAAAGAAACAGACGAGCAGCGUCCUCCGGCUGCUUCAUUUUUAAUUUAUUUUCAUCUUCAUGGGGAUUAAACGCACUUUAACCGCGUUAAAUGUCCUCAUUUUAAACUGCCGCCGUGUAAGCAGAGAAAAGACGACGACACACUCCGGUCUGUGGUUCAGAACGGAGGUGUUGCCUUCACGGCCACGGUGUGUCUGCUCACAUGUGAGUGUGUCUCCCCGGUGCUCGGACACAUCCAGCACCUCCUUGUGCUUCUCCUCCUCCCGCCGCGGCCUCCUGCUCGCUUCCAGUGACAGCGUGAGAGCAGAGCGGAGGGGCGUGGUGCGUUCAAGGCCCAUCCAGGAAGGAGCUCAGCUGCGCAACAGUCCCGGCAGCUCCACGGUGAUUGGACGAGACUGGAAGGAGGCGUCCUGUUAUGUGACGACAUGAGGGUGAAACUCCAGAUCUGCCUCCACUGACUGACUGGAGCUCACAUUUCCCAGCUUUCGCAUGCGCCCUGAACGCACAGCGGACCCGAGGGGGGCGUGGUUGUCAUCGCAGUGGUCGUGGCCUCGGUAUGCAAACGAUCCACGCCCCCAAGCGCCUUUCCCCCGUGAGCGGUGACGUCACACCAGCGGCCCGUGUUGGUUCCAGCUGACCGGGAGAGAGAGGGAGAGAGAGGGAGGAAAAUAGGAGCCAUCUCCAUCUAUCUGACUCUCACAUUACGGGAUAUUAUUAUUUUUUCAGCGGCAUCUCUUUAUUUCCUUCAUCUUGCAUUUUUUCCCGCUCAUAUUCCACCUCAAACUUCUUUCGGUGAUUUUUUAUUCUUCAGUUUUUUAUUAUUAGAAUAAUUUUUUUUCUCCCUCUCCGGUCUUGGAGACUUCUCCCUCCGCCGCUGCUCGACUCUGUUCCGCUGCUUCUAAUCCUCUACUCGGUUCUGAUUCUACCGCUGCUACCACCGACAAACCGACCGGACCCGAGCGGAGCGGACCGGGCACCGGGAGGAGGGAGACUGAAUUGUUGAGUUUGAGAUUGAAAGCAACUCCUGGAGGAUGCACUAGAUUCCAGCCAACAUGGUGCCAUUUUGGAGAUAAUUUUUUGACAUUUAUUGUUUUUUUUUUCUUUCUUGAUGGGUCGCGCGGAGCUGCUCAGGUGCAGGUCUUGAGCGUCACCUGUCCACGCGCACCUUUUUGACGGCGCGCCUCCCAAUUAGCUCGUUAAGUGGAUUACCGUGAUCCCAGACGGUCCUCUUCUGCAGGUUGACGUCUCCUCCUCCUCCCCUCACCUCCUCCUCUUCACCUCCUCCUCCUCCUGGGAGUUAUGUCCAGGCCCCUCACUCAGCUCUUGCCCCCGGACCUCCCCGCCGGGGCCACCAGCCCCCAGUUCGGGGCCAGCAACCCGGCUGGAAGCGGCCCCCAGGGCGGACACCUGACCUCCAUGACCAACCUGAAGUCUCUGCUCCAGCUGCCCAUCAAGGCCGACCAGAGAGGGACCAAGGACUGCUGCGAGAUGAAAGACAAAGACAAGCCCUUGGACUCCGAUGAGGACUCGUUGGGCGUCAACGCCGGAGGGCCCGGCGGGGUUGGAGGGACCCCGGGGUCCGGAACGCUGCGACCCAACUCCCAGUCCGCCUUCCUGGGGCCCCUGCUGUGGGAGAGGACCCUGCCGUGCGACGGAGGCCUCUUCCAGCUGCAGUACAUGGACCUGGAGGAGUUCCUGACCGAGAACGGGAUGGGGAUGCACAGCAACGGGCCCAGCUCCGCCAGCGCCCAGAUCCCCUCCCAGAGCUCCCAGUCUGCGGUACCCAACCAGAGCUCCCAGUGUCCCCCCACCUCCCCUCCACCCUGCUCCUCCUCUUCCUCCUCCAUGUCCUCUUCAUCCUCCUCUUCCUCACUGCUCGGAUUGGAGACCGUCCAGCCGCAACCGCCGCCGCCACCACCGCCACCUCAGCAGCAGCAACAAAGCAUGAUGGGAGGAGCCGAGUGUCUACAUGGCGGUCAGGCGGUGCCUCAGGACCCGUCACCUUCCUCCACCUGUCCUCCAGGACCUCCCGGACCCCCGGCCGGCGCCAACGGCAGCAGUGACAUCAUGGUGAACUUCGACCCCGACCCGGCGGACCUGGCGCUGUCCAGCGUUCCGGGCCAGGAGGCCUUCGACCCGCGGCGACACCGCUUCUCCGAGGACGAGCUCAAACCUCAGCCCAUGAUCAAGAAGGCCCGCAAGAUGCUGGUCCCCAACGAGCAGAAGGACGAGAAAUACUGGAGCCGGCGCGUGAAGAACAACGAGGCGGCCAAGCGCUCGCGGGACGCCCGGCGGCUGAAGGAGAACCAGAUCUCGGUGCGCGCCGCCUUCCUGGAGAGGGAGAACGCAGCGCUGCGCCAGGAGGUGGCCGACAUGAGGAAGGAGCUGGGCCGCUGCAGGAACAUCAUCAACAAGUACGAGAACCGGCACGGAGACUUGUGAGGAGGACGAGGAAGUAGGAUGACGGAGGGGCUGGAGGGGAAGAGGAGGCGAGAGAGAAGGGUACAAGGCAACCCAACAACAGCAGCACUUUAGUUGAGGUGGCGAGGGGAGGGGAGGGCCGGCGUAGAUCUGCAGUAAGCGCCGCACGACACCGGGCGCAAAAAAAAACUAAAAAGUGUGUUCUAGCGGCGCUUGACAGGAAAGCCCAGCGAUGCCGUUUUGUGUUUUUUUUUGUCGUUUUUUCCCCCAGUUUGACUCUCUUUGUAUAUGCUGCUUGGCUGAAAAUCCACACCAGACGUACUGUAUCACACCUCGGCAGCUUCUAGCCACCCUCGGCGCUGUGUUUGCACCCAGUGUCGCCAGGCGUUUUUUGCAGGUAGUGCGUCGCCGGCCGCUGCUCUGGCCAGUUCAAACAGGGUGUUGAAUUCACAAUAUGCCAGUGAAAUGUCACUUUUUAAGCUCAAGGCAUGGACACAAAAGCCAGGGGAUGUCAGACGUGUGAUUUUUUUUCUAUAAAUAGGACAAAUAAAAAAGAAAACAUGUAUAUUUUUGAACUGGGCAGGAAGGCAGAGACUAGUCCAGUGUUGAGGAGGAAGAGGCGCAGGGGUUUUCGUCCAUUAAAGAGAUUUUGACAUAGGAAUUAUUGUAUAUUUUUCUAUUAGCAGAGGUAUUCAGGAGGAGGAUUUUGGAGAUAAUCUUUUGUAUAUUUUAUAUAUGGGGCGGGGAGGGGCUGUUAGCUGGACAGUCACGGGGCCACAUAAAGCGCUUUUCCUCCCAGCUGUUUAUCGCUAAAACGACAAAUGAUCUAUUUUCAUCUUUACAGAGCUGGUUGGUGGGAGGCGGAGGUGUAUCAGAAUGUAUCACGGUUGAAUCAGGUAUUUCACACGGUGCGAGACAAGGCGAGGUAUCUUAGUAACGAUUGUUUCCGGUGGGACGCGGGGAGGCGACGGGAGGAAAAACAACAAAUCUGUAUAGUUUUAAAGAACUUCUUUGUGUCGGUUUGUUUUCCUUGUGAGCUCGUCGAAGCACUUGAGUUGUUCUCUUCUAUUUGAUUCCGUGUCUGGAUUUGAAAUAAUAAUCGCAGGGCUUUUGAUUUCUGUUGUUUUUUGUUGUUUUUUUUUUCUGAACAGGCGAAGGAGUAAUUAGCCAUCAGAACAGCUGGAUGUGAGCAGAUGUGUGGGAGGAUUUCGCUGGCAGGUUUAGUUCGGUGAAUGUGUCUUGCUCACGUGCAUACAGCAAACUUUUAACACGAUUAUCGCGGUCUUUUUCUCACUUCUAUUCGCUCCUCGGAAGUGCAAAAAUCUUCUUUUUUUUGUUGUUUUGGAUGGAACAGUGACUGAAACCCUUCAGCAUGCCCACAGACACACAAACACAACACAAACACACACAGACACGCACAGUCCUCACCCAGUUUGAACCCUUAUCAUCGUCGUUGAUGUUGUUAUGGACUUUUAUGGUGCUGAUCUGAUCCGAUCCUCACACACGUUUAGACAAAAAACACAAGGACACAUAUGCAAACACACAAAAAUGACACUUCGCCAUCUCAGACACACAACUGAACUGCCUAUACCCCUUCUUCGUCUUUUAUUCCUUCCUUUAAGUUUAUCUUUUUCUUUCUUUCGUUGCAUAUUGUAUUGAUAAAUCGUAUAUAGAUUUACACACAAAAAACACGUGUCUAUACCUCUCCUUCAGACUUUACCCAAUGAGAAAGAGAAAUGCACCCUACUGCUACUGUACCAUACAACUGUACUAUUGAAUAUUAAACUAUUCUCUCACUUGAUAUAUAUGUGUAUAUGAUAUAUGCUUGAAAUAUGUGAUUAUAGUUGUAAUAUACAUAACUGAAUAUAUUACAGAAAAACCCAUUGGAAUCAUUUUGUCGGUUUUUUCUCAGGUGUUUUUGUCUGAGGUAUAUUAAAUACGCAUAUUAAAAAAAAAAGAAGAAAAACACACAAAAAAAGGAUCCGAUCACAGAGUUUUGUGCUUUGGUUUGUUUGUUGGUUUAUUUUGAAAGGGGAAAGGUUAUUAUUAUUCUGUUUUGUUUUUCCUGUUGGGUUUUAUUUUUCCGAACUCACCAGCAUGGGACUGAAAACUUUUCCCACUGACCAACCGACCGUCCACUAAGCCCCGCCCCUUCCUUAGUUACUGUUGCUAUGUGUGUCAAGCUUCGGAUUUGCGUCGUUUUCGUCUCCGAACGGCAAAAAAAUGACCAAAACCAGCUGAUAUGAAGGAAUAAUUAUAACUUUCCUAAUUUAAAGCAAUUUCAGAAGACAUCUUUCCAUUUUUCACAAAGUUUACUUUCUUUUGCUUGUUUGGAAUUUUUUUCUGCGUUGUUUCUUUAGUGUUUUUUAGGCUUCUUCUGCAGCAAACGUAGCCAACACGGCGAACUUCUUCACAGUUAAUAGAAACAACCCACUUCACAUUUUCUUUUCUUUAAAGUCUUUGCAACAUUUAAAAAGUGUUCCCAUCAAAUUUGAAUUAAAUGGAAACACGGCUAACAAAAUUUAGCGACACCAUGAUGAGCUAACAUCAGCUUUGUGGCAAUGCGAUUGGAGCAAACCAAUGGGAAUGAAGGAUACCGCUGUUUGAAGUCGUCACUGAGUUCCCCCAAUUAAGUACCACAUGGAAAUGAUGUCCAUAGAUUUGGUUCCUUCCACUUCAGUGACAUCAGUUGACUGCACGAUUUAUCCAAUUAGUGAAAAUCUUAGCAUUUUGAUCUGAACAAAAAGAAAUAAAACUCGGACGAAUUGUGGCUGUUUAGGCAGUUUAACUUGGAGAUAUUUCGGGUGGGAAGCCGCUAAUUUAACACUCACUAGCAACCAAUGGUUAGCUACAAACUGCAAUGAGAUCCGUUUUCGCUAUAAUCCAAAGCUUGACACGCACUGCUUGAGGUCACAGUCUGAGCUGUGAUUGGUCAGUCGGGGUUUAAUGGACGGUACUUUAUGUUUAUCUUUACAGAUGAAACUAAAACCUAGUUCUUGUUCUGCCUCACAACCACACAUGAAGUUUUCUGAUUGUUCUUUCUGUUAAAUGUCUUCUCAGUCGACUUUCUUAAGGUGGAAUCUGUGGUUUUGUUAUCACUUAAAUCUCCUUUUGAUUCCCGCCACCGACCUUCACUCGAUUUCCCAUGAGCCUGUUGGCUGUCGCACCAUCCACAGACUGAACCCAGCCCCAGGUGCAUCAUGGGAGUUGUAGGUCGAUCCUUCCUUCUGUUUUUUUUCCCCCUCCUUUCUCCUCGUCUUCUUCUUGGGAUUCUGUUAAAACCUGAGACAAACUUUUGAAAUUAAAUCCCUGGAAGGAAAAGUCUCAGAGCUUCUCACGUGAGUUUUUUCUUUUGAUAUCUGGGAUAUUUGGGGAUUUCUUCACAGAAGUUUCAGAAACUUUUUGACAGUGCUAUUUUUCUAUGUACCUGUGUUGUUUGAACGUGUUCCGACGUUUCUUUUUCUGGCCGACUCUUCUCGUUGGUGGCAGUGACAGUUUGCUGCUGUACGAUUAAAACGGCAUUGCGGGUAAUAAUGACGACAAUAACAAUGAUGAUAACAGUAAUAAUAAUGUACACAGCCUUGUUAUUUCUUGUUCAACUUUGUGGAUUCUCAGCUAACUUCUCCUUGUUGUGACUGACUGUUAUGAACUACAAGUCCCAUGAGCGCAACACAACCCCGACUUCUCACCAGUAUUGUGUGCUGUCCACGGGGAUGAUGGCAUCUGUGGUCUUUUUCCCCUACAAACACCAAUAAAGGCUAAUCCUUAUUCACCGACA